GGGGGGCAUGGUCAUGUCUCAGUGGACUCCAGUCACAUUAAAUAAGCUCAAAGGAAAUUAAUCAUCCAAGUCCACAAAGCCCCAAAUGGGAAAGAAUGGAGUGUGACAGAGCACUGACAUGUGGGCACUGCGUGAUGGAUCCCUAGACCUUCUGACUUUGGAUAACGUACACUAUGAGAGAACGAGGGGGAGGGUGGAGUCACGAUCCAGGUGUCCACAGUGCUGCUGAAUUGUUCCUUUGGCUCUAGUGAUUCACUGGCAGUUUUACAACACUUCCAAGCUGGCAUCCAUCCAGAAUGCCCGAUGUACAUCCCCAGUUUUAAGCUCAAGUGCUGACAUACAAGUGAAGCAAUAGCACAUUGCAAACGGACAGGUUGUCAUGGAAUCCACUAGGCAUCCGAUGAAUACGCAGGGCAGCGUGCUGUGAGGUGAUGGACCUGCAGAACAGGCAUUUGAAGUGGGGCAGGGUGUGUCGGAAGUACGGCCUAAUAGGACCCUUUAGCAGGAUCCUCCGUUUGUCUGAAGAGUGGGGCGCCAUGUCAGUUCAGUGCCAGCCAGCCCCGCGAAGCCCCGGCUGGGGGACCCUACAGCAGACUGACCGACAAAAGGCAGUUUGUCCAGGAGGUGGCAUGGGCUGGUAUUAUCUACCACUGUCAGUGCAGUGCUUCCCCAUGGCGUGGCCUUCGUCCACAGUGAGGUAUGGUGAGUGUUGCUACAUGUGUGCAGUGAUGGGGCUCCAUCAUUCUGGCCUGGCAGACAGCUGGAGACGUGGAUGCCAAAGCCAAGCCGGAAUGGUGGGCGGCGAGGACAGCACUGAAACGUCUCACCUUCUUCCCUGCAGCCGCCCAGAGGAGGUGUAGGGAUGAGGAGAGUGAAGGGUGAAGGACGGGCCCUGCAGAGGAGUCGCCCACACACCCGCACUCCAAACAUACAGCCAGCUAAGGGCUACGAUGUCAAGAGGCCAUCCAGCUUGAAAGCGAAGUUGUCAAAACAACAAUGCAAGCAGACGAAUAUAAAAGGGACAGUUCACCUCCAUGCAGGUUUUAAACUUUCUUUAACUGCUUACCAUAUGAAAUAAUAAGAUGUAUAAAGUAACCAAACAGCCGCGAAGAAAAGAAACAGCAUGAACUGUUACAGACACUGAAGAUUUGCAGUUUGUGGGAAAAUUAAAAACAAAUACUUAAGACUAAGAUUACUUGGCAGGUUUACAAACGCCAGUAGGUGGAGCUGAGGGCAAAAUUGUCAUGACUUAUUUCCAUAACUCAAGAAUGCUUGUAUCAUUCAACUAAGUGAUUUGCUUAAAUUUUUACUACCGCAAUAGAGAGUCGGAAGAAAUUAUGCUCAGUUAAAGUAGAAAUUGUACAGCAAGCCCUCGCAAGCAACAGUCGUAGAUACAAGACCGAAAAAAGACGAAAAAAUAGGAGCCUGAGCCGCGACGAGGGUCUAUUUCUAGAGGCGCGUUCUCGGGCGCGACGUUCCCGAGGCGAAGAGGGGAGUCUCUGCUUUCUGUCACCGGUGUCAGCUGGCGGCUUCCCCCCGUGGCCCCCGCGGCAAGCAGGAGAGGAGAGGCGGAGGUUCUGAUCGCCACCGCUUCCUCCUUGAUGACCAACCCACGCUCCAAAUCUCCCCUUUACUUUUUUAUUUUUUAAUCAGAGUUUCUGGUUUGUUCUUGAGGGCGGCGUUCCUUCUUCGCAUCUAACAGCAUUUCCUGCAUCUGCACCCAGAUACGCGAGUGUUUGAUUUCCGCAUUUUGUUUCAAAGUCUCCAAGUUGUCUUGUCCGUGCACCGGCUCGAGUCUCCGCUCCUGGACGCCCCGCCGCAAUUAUUCAGAUCCGCCUCCGUCUACAGUGAGGACGUUGCCUCACCGGCCGGCACAUGUUUAAUGCUUAUUAGUGGCCUAAUAUGCGUUUGAUUUUUGUUUAUUCGAAUUCUUUCCUUUAAAUUACCAAGGAAAAGCGUGCAGUUUGAUGCGCGGGAUAGGCGAAAUCUUUCUUUUGCUCCAAGAUGCCAGUGAGACGGGGUCAUGUAGCGCUCCAGAACACCUACCUGGACACCAUUAUACGCAAAUUCGAAGGGCAGAACCGCAAGUUCCUGAUCGCCAAUGCGCAGAUGAAGAACUGCAGCAUCAUCUACUGCAAUGAUGGCUUCUGCCAGAUGUUUGGCUUCUCGCGGGCAGAGAUAAUGCAGCAGCCCGGCACCUGUCAGUUCCUGGUGGGUCCAGGCACCAUGAAGACUGCCCUGACUCAGUUAGGUCAGGCGUUGCUUGGGUCUGAGGAGCGCAAGGUGGAGAUCCUCUACUAUGCCAAGGAAGGGACCUGCCUACCCUGCAUGGUGGACGUGGUUCCGGUGAAGAGUGAGGAGGGAACAGUCAUCAUGUUCAUACUCAACUUCCAGGAGCUGCUUGACACAUCGCUGAGGAAGGGGGGGCUCAGGCAGCACAUAGCCCAGGGCUGGAUCCGGACCGGUCAGAGGCACCGGCUGAGGAUGAGUCUGCCGUCUCUGCGGGCCAUCUCGCUGCGCCGAGCCUCCCAGCCCAAGGACCAGUUUGAGGGCGUGGUGGUGGACUACCUGCAGCCUGGCAGUGAGGACGUCCCUCUAAAGGAGUUCCGCAUCCCCUCCAAAGAGAGCUGUGUCCAGUCGGAGACUGAGGCCCUCAUUGAGCCAGAUCGCAGCGGGGCCCCCACCGGCCGCCCGUCCCCGCGGAGCCUCCUGGACCCCAACGGAUCCUUCCACGAAGCAGGCCUGCCCCGGAGCUGCUCCCAUGAGAGUGUUCGGAGCCUCCGUCGCGCCUCCUCACUGGACGACAUCGAGGGCAUGAGGGCUGACUGGUCCUACCGGGGCAGCACCUCCCUGUCUGGCAGCAACCUGAGACCAAGCCUUCCGAACUCCACAUCGGACUCGGACCUGAUGAGGUACCGCGCCAUCAGCAAGAUCCCGCAGGUGACGCUCAGCUUUGCCCACGAGAGGCUGCGGCCUCCUUCGCCUGCUGAGAUCGAGAUCUUGGCGCCCAGCAAGCUGAAGGACCGCACACAGAACGUGACAGAGAAGGUCACGCAGGUACUGUCGCUGGGAGCGGAUGUGCUGCCUGAGUACAAGCUGCAGGCUCCUCGCAUCCACAAGUGGACCAUCCUGCACUACAGUCCCUUCAAGGCGGUGUGGGACUGGGUCAUCCUGCUGCUGGUAAUUUACACGGCUGUCUUCACGCCCUACUCAGCCGCCUUCCUCCUCAACGAGCAGGAGGACGAGCGCCGGCGCACCUGCGGCUACACCUGUAACCCGCUUAACGUAGUGGACCUAGUGGUGGACGUCAUGUUCAUCGUGGACAUCCUCAUCAACUUCCGCACCACCUACGUCAACCACAACGACGAGGUUGUGAGCCAGCCGGGCCGCAUCGCUCAGCACUACUUCAAGGGCUGGUUCCUCAUCGACAUGGUGGCCGCCAUCCCCUUUGAUCUGCUCAUCUUCUGCUCUGGCUCCGAUGAGGUGUGUGAGAUGGGAAUGCCCCAGACCACGACCCUCAUUGGCCUGCUGAAGACGGCGCGCCUCUUGCGGCUGGUGCGUGUGGCGCGGAAGCUGGACCGCUACUCGGAGUACGGUGCCGCCGUGCUAUUCCUGCUCAUGUGCACCUUCGCCCUCAUCGCCCACUGGCUGGCCUGCAUCUGGUACGCCAUCGGCAAUGUGGAGCGUGCGGGGGCCUCACGUGUUAGAGCCAUGAAGAUCGGCUGGCUGGACAACCUGGCUGACCAGAUCGGCAAGCACUACAACGACAGUGACAUGAGCUCCGGUCCAUCCAUCAAAGACAAGUACGUGACGGCGCUAUACUUCACCUUCAGCAGCCUGACCAGCGUGGGCUUUGGCAACGUGUCACCCAACACCAACCCCGAGAAGAUCUUCUCCAUCUGCGUCAUGCUCAUUGGAUCCCUAAUGUAUGCCAGCAUCUUUGGGAACGUGUCUGCCAUCAUCCAGCGUCUUUACUCUGGAACAGCGCGCUACCAUACGCAGAUGCUUCGGGUCAAGGAGUUCAUCCGCUUCCACCAGAUCCCAGGGGGCCUGCGCCAGCGUCUUGAGGAAUACUUCCAGCAUGCCUGGUCCUACACCAACGGCAUCGACAUGAAUGCUGUGCUGAUGACCCCCACCCCCCAGGUCCUGAAGGGCUUCCCCGAGUGCCUGCAGGCUGACAUCUGCCUGCACCUGAACCGCUCGCUCCUGCAGCACUGCACGGCCUUCCGGGGGGCCAGCAAGGGUUGCCUGCGGGCACUUGCCAUGCGCUUCAAGACCACGCACGCCCCGCCCGGCGACACACUCGUGCACUACGGUGACGUGCUCACCGCCCUCUAUUUCAUCUCCCGUGGCUCCAUUGAGAUCCUGCGUGAAAACGUGGUGGUGGCCAUCUUGGGCAAGAAUGACAUCUUUGGCGAGCCCAUCGGCCUGUACACACGUCCCGGGAAGGCGAGCGCAGAUGUGUGUGCCCUCACCUACUGCGACCUGCACAAGAUCCAGCGGGACGACCUGCUCGAGGUGCUGGACAUGUACCCUGACUUCUCCAACAACUUCUGGAGUAACCUGGAGAUCACCUUCAACCUGCGAGAUGCAGAUCGCGUUAUCCAGCCCGUCCCCAGUGAAGAAUCCGACUGUGGGUACCGCCGGCCCCGGUGCCCGAAGAACUCAACCAACCAACUCCAACCAACCAAACAACUCAAGCGCAACCAACCCGAUGGGAUGGACCGGGAGGAUGUGUACCCCAACCAGACCUACCCCUUAUUGGGAAACCACCGGGGGGCGGAGCCACAGCUACACUGGGAGGAGCAGUGCAGCAGUGGCAGCCCCUGUUCCCAGUCCAGUGAGGAAGAGAUAAAGACCCCAGGCCGAGGCAAAAUGGAGCCCUACGCCCCGUCGGUGGUCAGCCUGCUGCCCGAUGGAGGCUCCCCCCAGGAAAGAAGCCAUCCUUACACAGCACCACCGCUCAGUGCGUCUAGCCUGUAUGAUUACUGGCCUGAACGUCGGUCCAGUCACUUUCCAGAGAGCCCACAGCCCCCUCGCCUCCCACCCCCCCACACGGAGGACAGGUCCAGUGAACUGGAGUCCCGCCUUGAGCUACUGCAGUCCCAGCUGAACAGGCUAGAGACACGAAUGAUGGCCGACAUCAGCGUGAUCCUGCAGCUGCUGCAGCGUCAGAUGACCCCUGUGCCUCCCGCCUAUAGCUCCGUGUCCCCUGGCACCCAUGUACUGCACCUGUCUGCCCGGUAUGGCGGUGGGACACAGGCGCUGCACGGAGCGGCCCCCGUCAUAUCUGUGUCCACAGAGGGCCUGGCGUCCCCACUGCAGAGCCCCGACAGCUUCCCCCACAAGUCCAGGGACUCCCUUUCCAGCGGUGUUCACCUCGCUGACGCCCCAGAAGACACCAUGUCGCCAUUCCCCGAGACGGACCUCACCCCUAGACUUUGCAGUGGCCUGCGGUUCCCCUCGCUCCCUGAGAAUCUGCAGGCCCCCCCAGGGCUGGCUGACAUCCAAAGGCGCGUCUCAGACCCCAUGCUACCUGGUAGCUAGAGUACCCCCUUCUCCCAGCAAUCCAUGUACCCCCCCAUCCCCCAGACUGAAAUCUGCCAGUCAGGCCCCACCUCACCUCGCAGGUGUCAGCAGCAUCUCUGUCCCUCAGGCUAAGGCAGGAAACCCUGGGGAGGCAGACAUGGUAGUCUCCCCCCCCCCUCCAGGACAGGCUGCCUGGAGGCACCACCCCUCCCCGAAAAGCACGGAGAGCAGCUCCUUAGCCGUCAGCACCUGUUCCCAUCGCAUCUCUCUGUCGGGGCCUUGACUCCUAAGCCAUGUUGUCAGAUGGUCGUGUUGUUAAAAUAACAGCCCAGCUGGGUUUGUCAGGGUCGCCCAUCGGAAUGCGGCAUUCUGGGAAACACCCACACGACCCUGACAGACUGGCUCAGGCACACGUUUGAGCCCUGCGAGCGCCUGUCCGUAUGUGCGUGUCGUACAUGCACACGUUGGCAAUACCUCCAUGUGAAUAACCAUCAUUUCAAACACGUGUUUCCCUUGUAAAUUGAAUCCAGAUUCGGCGACUAGAGUUGGCCGCCUUACCUUGGCCCGUGGGUCUUGAUGCGGAUACGUUCAGCCUCUUCACGCCCGGCUGGCGCCAACAGACACCACUGUGGGGAAGUGUGUAGCACACGAGACUAGCCACCUGAAGCCCUCAUCGUCACUGACGGCACCACACACGGCAUUUGCACCCCCUGUCUCAGAAGCAUUAUCGUUUGUGAGGUUUAAGAAUGUCUCGUAAAACACAAGUACAUUUUUGGCUUACUUAUAACUCAAUACAGCAAAGCAAACGGUGAUAAUGAUUGGUGUGAGUGUCCCAAGGCCGACGCCGGCCUUUUCGCACGUCACAGCAGCGCCCCUAACUGGGAUGCCCAUCUUUACUGCAGUUCUAACUGCCAGGAGCUGCUCAGCACCAUAGUAUCGGGGGCCUGCUGGAUGGCGUGAGGAUGACCUUUUAUUCUCAUCCCCAGAUCAGAUCGCCUUCAGCUUAAAGGGCUGUUCCAGUCCAUCACAGAACACACCGUUCCGCUCACUCCUGGCGCGAAUCUGUUGUGUUUACAGGUCGCCCGUCCUUAGUAACCUCCGCUAGUGAAUCAUCCUAGUUCUGCUUUCCAAGUAUGUCAACACUGUGUGAGCCAGUUCUGACUAUACUGCAGGGAAGCUGUAAACAUUUGCUUUUAAAUCACACUUAUGUCCCCGAUGGAAGGUUCUGUCAUUAUUUACAGCGUAGUUUACACUUUUGGUAAGGUACUCAAGUGGUUUUUUUUGUUAUGUUCUAUACCCGUUAAAUUACCAUCAAUACCAUAAUGGAUUUAAAGUCAGAUCACACUGUUAAAGAAAGACACUGGAUUCAUGGAAGACAAUGUACAGAGGAAAACAGUUUAUUUAAGAAAAGACAAGCUGCAAAUUAGCAUCCACUGCACAUCAUUCACACCCAGCCGCACACAAAAUACUCCUGCGAUAUGAAACAGGGGCGAGAGGUCGCCAAAGGCAGCAGACCCCAGAGCCACGUCCCGGUGUGACAGUGUCCCUACACGGUAGGCGUGUAGUCUAGUGAAAUCCUUGAAGGUUCAGCGAGAGCGUCUCCUCCCAUCGACACGCCCAAUACACUGUUAAUCUCAAUCAACACAGGCAGUUCUGCUUAUCACACCAAGACUGUUAAUGUGUAACAUUAAAGGAUACUGUUACCUCCA